AUGUCACUCGCAACUACUCCUGGAGAGGCUCAUAUGCCAUUCCGCCGGUCGUGUGAUAGGUGUCACGAUCAAAAAGUCCGUUGCAUGAGACCGCAGGAGUCUAACCACCCCAUUUCCGACUCUGAACCGUGUGUGCGGUGCAAGAGAUCCGGCUCCAUAUGCAUCUUCAGUCCUCAGCAAAAGCCCGGCCGGCCGCCUCUCGGAAGCGACACCCGCGAGACAACAUCAUCUGCCAUGUAUUCACGAAAGAGACCGAGACAAUCACUAGGUUCGGUGGACCUGCCGCAAUCUCCUCCUCCGACAUGCCCGUCUUCCGUGACCUCGUUGCCCGAUUCGGCACCAAUAGUGGGCUCGCUAGACUUAGGUUCAACGUUAUUUUCACCUUUUACGACUGUUGACGAAUUGGGCGAUGGCUCCUACGACGCAGACUUUUUAAUGUCAAUUCCGACAAUGUCAACAACCGAUUCCCUGUCGUCACAAAAGCACAACAAACCUGUCUGUGAACGAAACACUACGAAUCCCAUCGUGGAUAUGAUCGAGAGAGAUACGGAAGAGCUGGGUAACCUUUGCCUCCAAGUCUGUCACGCAACAAGGGCGCUGUCUUCGUCUUAUCCGACAUCACUCGCUGUCUCUUCACCAUCUCUCAACGAAAUAUUUGCUUCCACCGAGGCCCUAGUUAGCAUUAUUCAUCGAAACACCAGCAGCGGCUCUAAUAGCAAUAAAGAUGACCCUUUUUCGAAUGCCGACCCUGCUGGUUUCAGUCAUCAGCCAGAUUGGGAUGAGUUUAAUUGGCUUCAAGGCCCACCACAUAAUCAAUGGGCGUUACCACCACAAGUAUCCCCAACACUCAACAGGGCCCCAGAUACGGGUGUCGUACUAAUGAUCCUGGCCUGUCAUCAGCGCCUUCUUGUUACCUUGGGUGGUAUUUUGUUUUAUAUUUCGCGGCAUCUGCGUCAGCAGAAACCCCGAGGGUUACCAAUCGGAACCUCUCCCUUUAUAGAAAUGCCAACGACGCAGGCUGUCAUCAUCGUGAACCUGGUCAGUCACCAGCUCGACCGACUGGAUCGAGCUGUUGGGCUUCUAGCCAAAGACAGCGAAACAAUAAAGAGGCAGUCGGCUUCUGCAGCACAAACGAUUGCGACAGGGGCUCUUUCACCUCUGUCUCCGGAGCAAUUUCACUCUCCUCAGUCUGUCUCGGUUACUGAAGAGCAAUCAUCACAGAGCAAGCCGAAAACCGCAGCCAAUGACGGUGACAAGCGCGGUAUUAGCCCUAGCAUCGACAGUUCGUCUAGCGGGUCUCAUAAGGCAAUUACUUCAGCGAUAGAUAUGAUGAAAUAUCGCCAAGAACAACUGCAAAAUCAGAUGAAGGUAGUGAAGCAGCAAAUUAUGACCUUUGACUCAAUCUGA